UGUAUGUAAACAAUACAUAUCUCUCCCGUCAGCUCCUGCACACUGCAGAGCCAUCUGCAUACCACCGCCAUAAAAAGUAGUGUGCUUACAGUGGAAAGCACCAACACAGCACACACAGCUUACAGUAAAACAGCACACAGUUAACCCUUUGAUUGCCCCAGAUGUUAACCCCUUCCAGUGCCAUUAGUACAGUGUCAGGGCUUUUUAUUAGCACUGAUCACUGUAUUGGUGUCACUGGGGAUGUCAGUGACACCAAGUCAGUUCCCCCCCAGUGUCAGAAUGUCCACUGCAGUCUCGCUAUA